AUGUCCUGUUUGGAGAGUCGCCUGAGACUACCUGAGCUCCAGAUGGUGGAGCGCCAUCAUGAAUCUGUUCACUGCAACCUGAGCCAGAAUGGCAUCGACCACCAGAUGCGUCCCGAGGACAUGACGUCUCAGCUGGAGGAGGAGGAGUCCGUGGACUCGGGGGCCGUGCUGCUGGACGACGACAGCCCGGGCUACCAGGACGUCAGCCCCCCCAUGUACCAUCGCCGCUCCCCGCCACACCGCUCCGUGUCUGAGUCUGAGCUGACCCGGCCCGGAUAUGUGAAGCUGUCUAAGCCAGUGGCCCUCUGGACCCAGCAGGAUGUCUGCAAGUGGCUGAAAAAGCACUGUCCCAAUCAGCAUCAGAUCUACAGCGACUCUUUCAAACAGCAUGACAUAACAGGUACAUUUUAA